AUGUACUUCUUCCUUACACAGUUGGCUACAAAUGACAUUCUACUGACAUCAGCCAUUGUUCCGAACACAAUCAAUGUUUCAUUAAAUGAUGGUGGAACAAUUUCAUUUUUUGGCUGCAUGGCCCAGUUUUAUUUUUUUGGUGCAUCAGAAACCUCAGAGUGUCUUCUUCUGACAGUGAUGUCCUAUGAUCGAUACUUGGCCAUCUGUAAACCAUUGCAUUAUUCUGUUUUAAUGAAUAGAUGGCUUUGUUUGAAACUGGUUAUUGUGUCUUGGAUGUUAAGCUUUUCAAUAAUUCUGAUUGAUACUUUAUCAUUAUCUAUGUUAGAUUUCUGCAAAUCAAAUAUUAUUGACCAUUUCUUUUGUGACCUGGAUCCAUUGAUGAAAAUUUCUUGCUCGGAUACAUAUUUUCUUCAGUUAGAAGUUUCUUUACUAAGUACUCCAGUUGCAGUUGUGCCAUUUAUAAUGAUUGUGAUAUCAUAUACCUAUAUUAUUCUUGCCAUACUGAAGAUCCAGUCUAUGGCUGCUCACCUGAGUGUGGUGAUCAUGUGUUUUGGAACUCUAAUUGGCAUUUAUGUUCUCCCAAGCAGAGAACAAACACUAAACACUGGUAAGAUCCUGUCAUUGUCUUAUACUAUGGUGGUCCCUCUGCUGAACCCCAUUAUCUACAGCCUACGAAACCAUGACAUUAAGGAAGCCUGGAAGAAACAUAUUAGAAAAAUGCUUGUUAUAUGA